AUGCUUGAAGACGAAGAGGUUGACGACGCGCUACAGGACCGAGCGUCAAAGAAGCCCAAGCUUCAGAGGAGGCAAGGCGUGACUUGCGAUGCUUGUCGAUCCAAGCACCUGCGCUGCGAUCUGCUCGAGCGAAGAGUCGGUCGCGGCCUGUCACCCAACCCUGAGAAUGGCAACAUGAACGGAGUCAAGUGUACGCGCUGCAUUGACAAGGAUCUAGACUGCACCAAAAACCACGCUCCGCCCUCUCGAAGAUAUCCUCGUCCGAGUCGUACUGGCAAGCGUAUCGAACAAGCACGUUUGCUGCACGGCUCUAUCGCCAACGCCGAGGCAAGUCGGACGAGCCCUCUCAUACUCGCAACCGAGCCAUAUACGCUUGCAUCUGCAAAUCGCGGGGAGAGCAAGCUGGCUUCGAGCGUCAUGGCCAGCUCGGUAUCUUUGCGGCUCCUUACCUGCUUCUUUGCCACCGCACACAUUCAGCUGCCCGUCGUCGACCUUGCGCACUUCUCGUUUCGCUACAAUUGGGCGCGAGGGGACCCGCGAGUGAUGAGCAUCAUGAGCAACGGUGGGAGCCAAGAGGAAAGCAUUCCAAGCGCGCCCUUGGUCACUCCAGGCUUGCACCUCAAAAUCUGGCCCGAGACCGGCGAGAGCACAAUUUCUACGCCUGCUACCGCCCAAGCACUCAUGGCGGCCAUGCAUGCCUGGGCGGCAUGCUAUACCGACUUGCCGCUUGCGUUCGGCUCUCACGCACAAUCACUUGGCUUUCACAGCCCUGAUAAUGGCGGCAUUCCAUCGUCAGGUAUCUCGGGUAUUGCGAUGGGCGCUCCAGACGCGGCUGUGUUGCCUGGUGGACGAAGACCAAAACGCAAGCAGGGUGUGGCUUGCGACACCUGUCGCUUACGUCGCGUGCGUUGCGACGUCACCGAGCGUGAGCCAGGUAUGGGAUGCAGCCGAUGUGAGGACAAACGAAUCAUUUGCACUCAAGAGUACAUUAAUACGAAACGCAAGUCUGCUGUUCAAGGAAAUGAAGUGAGCGGGUCCACACCUCACACAAGCGCCGGAAAGCAAAGUGCAUCAGAGUCAAGCUCUCCACAAUGGCGCGAUCAAUCCGAGCUUGGUCCUGACUCUUGGAAGGAUCGUGGAAAGGGCGAAGAGAAUCGUGUUUGGGUCGAAGGGCGACCAGAGGCCACAGCAAAAUAUGCCGCCGGCCGCGCCAAGGAGUUGCUGCGAUUUGGUCAAGCCAGACGAGCUUUCUGUCAGGAGAUGCUUAGCAAAGCGAUCGAGAUGGUGCACAAGCAUGACCUACUGCGCAAGCCAUCUGUCGAGACAAUCCAGUGCUUGCUCAUCCUGGCUCAGGUUGUUGACCGCGCAGAUCCUGCCAGCUCGCCGCUCUUCACGAACGCCGCAGCGCGCCACCUGACUGCCCUCAAUCUUGAGCAGCCGUGCGAGGUGCACGAGCAAGAUCAGGCGGCAGUCGAGGGUCUGAUCAUGCGGAUGCAGUCCACUCGUGUCUACUGCAGCGCUUGGACGUACUCUAGCCUCGUCUCGAUGCUGUCCAGGGCUACACCCCACUACAAAGCUGAUCGAGCAAUAGGCAUCCAGGGAGGCGCGAGCGCUAGCAGCGCUGCCCGCUCAGGGAUCGAAACGCCAAGCCCUCCUGGUGGCAUGCAGCUCAGCGGCGAAAUGGGAAUGAGUUUCUGCUUGCUCGCAUUGGUACAGAUCGGCGCGCUUGCUCGAUUUGUGACAAAGCACAUUGAUUCGCCACUGCCCACUGGUUCAUCGCUAGUGAUCGGGCCUCAGGAACGCUUCGGCAAACGAAUGACGGCUGCAGACGUGCACAGACUCCAGAAGGCAUGCAAUGCCCUUUGGAAUUCCCAACAGAGCCUUCUGCUCUUCUUUGACCGUUGCACGGAUGCUGCGAGAGCUCAGAUGGAUCGCCUGACUGGCUUCCAGCCUCUUACGUGGAUCGCGACCAUCAAAGUCGCUGCUGGAAUGCUCGACCUCGCCGUCUAUCGCAUACUUGGCGAGCGCUUUCAUGUGCAGAACGCCUACGUCGCCGCAAUGUCUCAGGCUUUUCCUGGCGCUUCUACUUCCGAAGAUGCGGGCCAUGCUGCAGCCCUAGGCCACCUUUUACACCGUGCACGAGAGCGUACACUCCUUUCGUGCAGAUCGAUCGCCCACCUUGUGGAGUUCCUACUUCCGAAGCGCGUGUUCCAGACAGGUGGGACGAUCUUCAGCUCCUUCUCUGCGGUUGCUCAAUUUUUGAUCCGCACACCUCCAACUACAACGGCGGACAUGGGCACAGAAGGCCUUGACGAGGACUUUUGCCAGCCAGAUGCCACUGCAGCGGCUACAUCUGCACAUAUUGACCCGAGACAGCUUUCUGGAGAGGCAAGAGCGCUAUCACCUUCUCACUUUGAUGCUGCAGACGGAAGCGCAGAGAUGAGCAGCGAAGCGAAGCUUGUAUCGCAAAUCGCAGUCUCCAGGACUGAACAGCUAGGACCCUACGACGCUGCUGCAAAGGCGAGGGAGGUCGGAGCGGUCUUGGAGGGUCUUGCACAACUGGGCUACGCUUUCGACCUCAGUGAGCAGGUCGCGUCGCUCGAGCAUCUCCUCGCCAUCACCCAGCAGCAAGAACUGCAGUCUCAACAACAGCACUUGAAACAUCUUGCUGAGCAGCAACAGCAUCUCGACCUCUCAACGGCUUUUCACGCCUGA